AAGGCUGCCGAAGGAUGCACGGCCUGCCUUGCGUUCGCCCGCACCCUCUGCAGCUUGAGCCAGUCUUGCCUGCCCCGCGGCCCACCCACCCGACCCCACGAUGCGUGUGCCGGGCCUCCUGGUGUCCCUGCUGAGCUUGGAACUGGGGCUGGCUCUGAGCCCACCCCACGCGGCAGCCUCGGACUGCGGGUACCUCGGCCCAGCCGAACGUCUGACAUUCACUCCGGCUGCCAGAACCCGGUGGCUGGCCCCUCUGGUCCGCGCGCCUGGGCCCUUGGACCCUCUCUAUGGCACCGUGCGCCGCUUUCUCUCCGUGGUGCAGCUCAACCCUUUCCCUACGGAGUUGGUCAAGGCCCUGCUGAACGAGCCAUCUUCAGUGAAGGUGGAUGAGGUGGUACGGUACGAGGCGGGCUACGUAGUGUGUGCUGUGAUCGCAGGCCUCUUCCUCCUGGCAGUGCCCAUCACUGGGCUCUGCUUCUGCUGUUGUCGCUGCCACCGGCGCUGUGGGGGUCGAGUGAAGACUGAGCACAAAGCCAUGGCCUGUGAGCGUGGCACCCUCAUGGCCUUCCUGCUGCUGACUACCUUCGUGCUGCUGGUUGGCAUGGUCUGUGCUUUUGUUACCAACCAGCGCACGCAUGAACAGACAGGUCCCAGUGUUCAAGCUGUGCCUGAGACCCUGCUCAGCCUCCAGAGUCUGGUGUCUGAUAUCCCUGAGGAGCUGCAGACCGUGGCAGAUCAGUUUUCCUUGCCCCAGAAUCAAGUCUUGGAGGACCUGGAUGGUGUUGGGGAGCGCCUCGGGAACUUAAUUCAUAGCCAGCUGAAGAGCAAGGUGUACUUGCUGCUGGCCUCAGUGCACAGCCUGGGCCAAGCCCUGCAGGUCUCCAUGGACCACCUUCGGGCCCUGAAUGCCACCACCAAGGAACUUCAAGAAGGACAACAGCACCUAGAACCAGCUGUGCGAGACCACCGGGAACGCCUGCUUGCCUUGCUACAGGAUCCCCAGUGUCAGGGGAACUGCACAGGGACCCUGAGCCAAGUCCAUGCUCUAGAGCUGGGUGCUGACUUCAGCCAGGUGCCCCAUUUGGAUGAUGCCCUGUAUCGGCUGAAGGAUGUUCCAGAGACCAACUUCUCUAGCAUGGUCCAGGAGGAGAACAGCACCUUCAACAACCUCCCACUUCUGAUUGGCCUGCAGACGGCCAAUGCAGUCAAAGAUCUGAAGAAAGCAGUGUCUGGGCAGCCUGAAGGUGUGAGGAUGUUGGCCACAGGAUUCCCAGACUUGAAGGCAACUUCUCGCUGGAGCCAGACACUGGGGGAGCUGGAAGAGUGCAGCCGCCCCUACCUGAAGGAUGUGCAGAGAUACGAGACAUACAGGUGGAUCGUGGGCUGCGUGCUGUGCUCCAUGGUUCUGCUUGUGGUGGUCUGUAACCUGCUGGGCCUCAGCCUAGGCACCUGGGGACUGUCUGCCAGAGAAGACCCCAGCCACUCAGAAGCCAAGGGCGAGGCUGGAGCCCGCUUCCUCAUGUUAAGUGUGGGCUUCAGCUUCCUCUUUGCUGGCCCACUCAUCCUCCUGGUUUUUGCCACCUUCCUGGUGGGCGGCAAUGUGCAGACGCUGGUGUGCCAGAGCUGGGAGCGAGGAGAGCUCUAUGAGUUUGUAGACACCCCAGGGAAUUUGCCCCCAUCCAUGAACCUGUCACACCUUCUUGGCCUCAAGAAGAACAUCAGUGUCCUCGUGGCCUAUCAGCAGUGCAGGGAAGGGGCAGCACUCUGGAAGGUCCUACAGCUCAAUGACUCUUACGACCUGGAGAAGCACCUGGAUAUCAGCCAGUAUGCCACAAAAAUGCAGCAAGAGUUGAAGGGCUUCAACGUGGAAAUAAAAGAUCUGGAUCUGCUGAGCCCUGAAGCUCGCCAGGACUUGGAGGCGUUGCAGAGCAGUGGGAUAGAGAAAAUCAACUAUCAUGACUUCUUUGUUCAGAUCCAGAAGCCUGUGGUGAAGACUGACAUGCAGCAGCUGUCCCAGGAUUUGGAAAGACUGGCUCAAGCCCAAGGCAAUUCUAUGCUGGGACAGCAGCUGCAGGAGGCAGCCCAAGGGCUCAGAAACCUCUACCAUGAGAAGGUUGUCCCCCAGCAGAACCUUAUAGCUAAGCUUAACCUCAAUGCCAGGGCACUGGAGUCUGCUGCUCCAAAUCUCCAGCUGGAGACCACAGCCCUCCUUGGCAAUAUCACCGUCCUAAGAGGAGAGCUGCCUGUCUUUAUCAAUCACAUCAUGGAGAAUGCAAGCAGAUGUUUCAUGACCCGGGAGUUGGGCUACUUCUCCCAGUAUGUAGCCUGGGUGAGAGAAGAGGUGACUCAGCGAAUCGCUACCUGCCAGCCCCUCUCUGGAGCCCUGGACAAUGGUCAUGUGAUCCUAUGUGACAUGAUGGCUGACCCCUGGAAUGCCUUCUGGUUUUGCCUGGGGUGGUGCACCUUCUUCCUGAUCCCGAGUAUCAUCUUUGCUGUCAAGACCUCCAAAUACUUCCGUCCUAUCCGGAAACGCCUCAGCUCCACAAGCUCUGAGGAGACUCAGCUCUUCCACAUCCCCCGGGUCACCUCCCUGAAGCUAUAGAACCCAGUGGUAGCAUCUUCCAUGGAUGGUCCCUACGAGCUUUCCCAGGAGUGGUCUGGUGGCCAGAACUGCCUUUUCUAUCUAUACAUGUACCCUGGGGUCACUCCUACAUGCCAGAUGCUGAAGUCCAGAAAAGGUGAAGAGGAAGAAGAGGAAUGGAUGAAUCUCAGUUCCAUUAAAGUGUUCUCACUUCUCU